AUGGCGCAUGUCGCAGUCUUCUUGUCGAUGUUGUUCGGCCUGGCGUUGAGACCUUGCCUCGGCAGGGCCUUUCCCCUGCUGAAAUCCUUGGAUAGUGUCUUCCAGGAGUUACCCAAGGACUGGGUCGCUCCUCGUGUGGCGCGGAGGUACUUCCAUGUUUUGGGGAAGGUGCCAGAGGGGCGGCGCUUGGAGCUUCUGGCGCCAGGCUUGACCGAGCACAACGUUAUUGUUGACACGUUGAACCGCACAUACACCAUCUAUGUCGCCAACCCAGACACACACGUACAACAGCAGGGGCUCAUUGUCUGGCUGCACGGUCUUAAUAAUCACCACCUCCGCAUUUGGAAUUCGGGGGACUACCGAAGCAACACUGCCAAGCUUGGUUGGGUAUCGGUUUUUCCGCUGGGUUGGACUGCUAACAGGGACGGCACAGGCCGAAGUUGGUACUCGGGGGGGUGCUGCCAUAUAGAUAACGCGGUUGUGGACGAUAAAUCCUUCAUCAAGGAGAUGAUGGCCAUCAUCCGUGGCACUUUCCAGCUGGACAUCCCGGAAGGGAGGUUCUUUCUCUCGGGCUACAGCGCAGGUUGCUACCUCGCACACGCGAUCUCCUGCGAUCCAACGACAGCCGCCGACUUCGACGCCUUCGGCGGCCAUGGUUGCUAUUGGAACCGGAGUUGGAAUUAUUACUACUGCGUUGAAGGUUGUGCCCCAACGAAGCCCUUCUUCUACGCAACAGGGACUUUGGAUCAAUAUUUUCUCGAAAAGGAUGCAGAUGCGAGUUGGGCUCGUUAUACGACGUGGCUACAGUGCCAAGGAGAGGCGCAGCUGUCUUUCAGCUCCGGUAUUGUCACAUGCACCGACAAGACGAAUUGCGGACCAAAUUUGGUAAGCGCUCGGCACUGCAAGCUUCACGGUUAUGGGCACGGCUUUCCUGUUGCAUCCCAAGACCCCCCAAGGUGGGAGUUUUCCUUGGAACAAUGGAAAUGGUGGACGAGCGUUGUCGAAGCUAACGUCACGGAGUUCAACUUCACGGGGUAUCGUGCGGGGUUAACGGACCCCUCAGCGGACGAUGCCGCCCCAUCGAAGGUGUCGUCCCUUGGCCUUUUCCUGGCCAUGGUCUCACUUCAUAUGGUGAUUUGA